GUUCCAUGUCAACGGCAGCACUGGCCGCAGCACAAGCGAAGCUGCACCACGACCACAGCUGCCAUUGGCGUGGCUCCAACGCCCUCCGCUCAUGACUUGUGGCGCGAGCUGCGGCCGUUUGAUGCCAAGGGCUGGCAGGACUAUCUCGGCGAGCUAGGUGCGUCGAGCAAGGAGCAGGUGGAGAGGGUGAAGCAUCGCCAGUGCUUUGGCGUGGCAACGCUAGAGGCGCUGCACAGCUUGCCUUCCUUUGCACGACUAGAGCCUGUCAAUGGGCGUUGCGUGAUGUGGGUGCUCGGAGCCCGUGAUGGCAUCGAGAAGCGCCAAAUCGUUCAAGGAGGCUGGCAGCGGCUCUUCGGGUCCUUGGAAGUGGGCUGGGACGUGGUUCUCGUUGGACCCGAGAUGAGUGAGGACAAGGCAGUCCUCACCCACUCGGGCAUCAGGGUCUACACCUUCGCAUGCUUGGCCCACGAAGCUGUGAUGCCCCAGCAUCUGCAGCGUCCCACCUUCAUUUGCGCAUUCAACUCAGGCCUGGGUGCAAGUGUGCCAGUGCACAUGAAACCUUGGAUCCAGACUUUGGUUCAGCUGCUUGCCAUGGGUCGACCGCUACUGCUGACGUGUUUUGGCAGCUACGAGGCCAGACUGGAAGCCUCCGUUCUCAAUUCGUUGCAGGCGCAAUACAUGCCUCACAAGCAGGGCGGCUUCGGUCAUGUGCUCGAGGCCGACAAGCCACUGAGCAUCUGCAACGCUUUAUUCACUUGGGUUUUGGGGAGCUCCAUACCUGAGCCUCUCUUGCUAACAGAUGUCAAGAGCUACGUUGAGAAGCAGCUGGAAGCGUCGCAGCUGCUGCUGUUUCUGAAGGAGCUACGGAGCCAUAUUCGGAUUCUGCAGGACCCGGACGGGUCUGCUCACGCUGGCUGGGCCGAGAUGUAUGAUGGCAGGUUCAUCCCAGCCAUUAAGCAGGCCCUCGAAGAAGACGAUGACGACAGAGGCGGCAUUCAGCAGAUAGUGCGCUGCACGAUGAAGACCAUCGCGUCGGCCUGUGCUGUGACCGCCGCCUCGCGCCUCUUUCUGUACCUGAGUGGCUUAGAACUCCUGCGAGGCUUCAAGCGUUGGGCCGAAAGUGCUCCCUGGACUUCGCACGCCUGGAUACGGGAAGAGACCCUGGAGUGGGUGAGUGAAACCCAAGAGCUCCUGGAGUGCUUGGGCUCAGACUGCCAGAGCCUGGAGCAGAUCUCGCAAGAUCAGGAGAUCCAUACUUUCUCUGCAUCUCUGCAAGUUCGGCUGGAGAGUGGUUGCGUUCUUUUCCAAGAGCCGAGUUUUGCUUCCCGAGUUCUUGCCCGGGUGGCGCGAGGCCACCCCUUGCAAGCAGAUGCGCAUAAGGGCCUUUGGAUCCGUGUCUCCCACCAAUCCGGAGCUUGUUGGCUGCACGGUUAUACCGAGGAGGGACACGUCUGCGACAUUACAUACUGGGACGUGAAAGCUUGGGAAAACAGCAAGAGCCGCCCCGCUUCAAGGGGCUCCUUGGGACGUUUUGUGUCAGCUCGAACAUUGAAAACCCUUUCUUCGAUGCGGGUUGGUUUAUUUUCACGUGUUUUGCACGUGAUUGCCCUGUCUGAGAGUCUGCCCAAGCCUACCCCGCCCAUCGUCAGCUUCUGUACAAUCCUGUCCGCACUUGAAAUUACCUAA